AGGGUCGCCAGCAGAGCCUGGCCGCGUGCCUGGAGCAGCCCCCUUCCCCCGGCCCCCACACCCUGCUCCUCCAGGACUUGCUCUGUGGACCGCCUGCUGGCCCCACAGCCUGACCCCCGCCGCCACAUCCCUGUCUGCACACCUGCCCUUGAGCUGCAGGCACUCAGGGAUGCAUCUGUCACCGGGGGCCCGGGGGAGGGGCAGCCAUAGCACUGUUCUAGAACCUUCUCUCUGGGGGACCCCCCCACCCAGGCCCCAGACAGCUUACGGUGGGCAUUGUGUCCUUUCUUGGCUGAUCCCCGCUCCGCCUUUCCCCGUUGCCUCCCAUCAGACCUGAGUCGGGCAGCCCAGAUGGGAGGGGCCUGGCAAUCUCCGGGGGGUCCAGGUGGGCAGGAGGCGAGGGCUUAGGGCCAGACCCUGACUUGAGAACUGCCCCCAUCUUCUGCCGCCUGGGCCCCGGCAGUGGGUGUGAGCCCAGGAGGUGCCUGCGGCUCCCCAAUCCUGCCCCCGGGCCUGCUCUCCAGCCUAAACUGACAUCAGCCUGCACUGAGCCGACCACUCCCUCCACAUGACCCUGCCCGGCUGUCCCCACAGGGGCCCUGACUUCUCAGGUGCCAAGGUGGAGGCAGGUGACCUCCUGGGGGGUGGGGGUGGGGACCGUCUGCCUGGGCCCUGGGACAGGUGUCUGUCCCUUUUCUACUGGAAGACAAAUGAGUUUUAGCACCUUUUACAAAUCUAUUAAAGCAAUAAACCUUAGUAGAAAU